UUCUCGCUUCUGUCAAAAGUUCAUCGUGUUUUGUUGAGUGUUGUAUGUUUUUAUUAAAAAUUGUUUCUUAGUUAUUUCGUACAUCAGAAACCUAUUUAAUGUUGCAAUAGAGUUUAAUUUUACGUUUUACAAUGAAAACCAGUAAGUCUCCUGAGAAUACAGAGAUAACGCCUUCGAAAAAGAAGCUGAAACAAGCCAGACUCCCCUUCAAGCUUAUUAGCGAUGUAUCACCAAAACCUGCAGCUCCUCAGACAAGGAAGCGGAAGCUUUCGGCUCCCGACACGGAAUCAAUCACGAAAGUCGGAAAAAUAAGUAACGAAAAUGACAUAGUUGAGGAUCCCGUUGUAAUUAGCGACGAUGACAGCAAAGGGGCUGAAAUCCCGAAGGAGGACAAAUCUGUUAAUCCUUUCGUCAAAUUAGUGGAUACAGCGUGGAAGAAGAAACUUCAAAAGUCGAGGAAGAAAAAAACUGGUAAGAGGAAGCCUGUGAAAACUGUUAAUGGGUCCGUAGAAACUGAGAGUGGUAAUGAUAGUGCUGACAAAGACGCCGACACCGAGAUGAUGGAAGUCGAUGAACCUGGCGAGGUAAAUGGCCAUAACAGUGACGUUGAAGAGCCUGAAUCUAUAAAAGACACUGAGCCACCUUCUAAAGAGGAUUUUACAGAAACUAAGGUAACUAACAAUGAUGAGGAGAUCGUUGAGUUAGAGGAUUCUAAUAACCCUGAUGAUAUUAAGCAGACUGACAACACAGAACAAGAUGGUUCAGACAAGGAAGAUGAAGAAAAUGUGUCUCAAAAUGAAGAUCCAGACUGUUCCAUUGUUGAGGAAUCUGCAAAUGACACUAGUACUAAAGAAAACUCUAAAUCUCCUGCCAAAAAAUUACAGAAGAAAGAACAAACAACUCCAAAACGCAGUAGUGCACGAAAUAAGGCUAAAGCGGAACAAAACAACAACUCUAAAGGUUCACCAAAUUCUAAACUCAAUGAAUCUGUUUGUUCAAAUCCGACGACUCCUAAACAGACUCCAAAGACCAGUAGGAGUUCGUCUGUCACUAAUAGCCAAGGAGAUGUGUCCAUAAAUGAGUCUACACCAUCUGCUAAUUUAACACCAAAACAGGUACAGAAAAAGUUGGAAUCUGCCAAAAAGAGAGAGGAAAGAGAGAAAGAAAAACAGGAGAGAGAACGGAAGAAACAGCAAGAGAAAGAAGAAAGGGCCAAGAUUCGUCAAGAGAAAGAAGAUCAAAAGAAAAAAGAACGAGAAGAGAAGGAAGAGGCUAAAAGGAAGGAAAAGGAGGAGAAAGAGGAACAGAGGAGGAAAGAGAAAGAAGAAAAGGACCGGGCCAAAGAGUUGGAGAAAAAGCUAAGAGAAGAGAAAGAAGAACAAAAGCGCAAGGAACGCGAAGAAAAGGAGGAACAAAGGAAAAAAGAGAAGGAGGCAAGAGAGGAGGAAAAACGCAAGAAACAAGAGGCUUUAGAACUUGAGAAGCAAGAACAAGAACUUAAAAAGAAAAAAGCGGCUGAAGCAUUUGUCAACUUCUUUGUUCCGAAACAAAAAUCGGAAAAAGAACAAGCUACUGAUUCUUGCAUCAGUAAAACCAGCAUGUUAUCCAACUUUAUGAUUAAAAAUGAUAUGCGUUUAGCUCCUUUAGUAAGAGUUGAUUUAAGUGAGGAGAAAAAGGAGGAUCUAGUUAAUUUAAUUGAGAAACAGACUGUGUCUGAAAAAGGAUUGUAUUUGAAAUGUCUGAAGGAUGGGACGAGUAAGCCAUUGUCAAGUGGCAAGACUUGGCCGUUGAGUGAUAAGGAUGAUGAUGAAGUUAUGAUAGUUGAAGACGAAUUACCGAUGCCAGACGAUGCGGGCGAAAUCUUAACUUGUGAAUCAGUUCAGCGAGAGAAACUUAGACCUAAAUUGCUCAGUUUCCACGAAAACCGGCGUCCACCAUAUUGGGGCACUUGGCGUAAAAAGAGCGCUAGUGUCAAACCAAGGCGGCCUUUUGGGCAAGAUGAGAAACAACUAGACUACGAGGUAGACAGCGACGAGGAAUGGGAAGAGGAACAAGAAGGCGAGAGUAUCGACGGCAGCGCUGCCGGCAGCGACGACGAACAGGAUGCUGACGAGUACGAAGUGGACAAUGAGGUGUUUGUGCCGCAUGGAUAUCUUAGUGAUGAGGAAGCAACAAUGGAUGAAGACGACAUGCUGUCCUUGUCACCCGAAGCACAAAAACAAAGACUGAAACAUUUAGAAGACGAAUUCGAGUCUGAAAUGAAGAAGCCCACUGAAAAACUGAAGCCGCGAAUGUACGGCUUACUCUGGGAGACGGCUGAUGGCGGGAAACCGGAGAAAUGCGUUGACGCACUCUGGAAUUACUUCGGAAAAUUAUCUAUGAUCAUGAAUGAUCCCACUCCAUUUUUCCAACCAGCCAGUGAGCCAGAAGAAACUGAGAAAAAGAAGGUUAAGAAGAAGAAGGCACCUAAAGAAACAACAGACGGUGAGCCCAAACCUAAAAGCCCUAAAAACGAAAAGAAGAAAAAAGCUAAACCUGAGGACAAAGAAAGCAAAACUCCUAAAUCGGAAACUAAAAAGAUUGUUCCAGAAACGAAGAAGAAUCAGCCCGGUAUUAACAUGUUUUUGACGAAAUUAAAAUCUUCAUAAUUAAUUUUACAUUGAUGUUAAUUUUAGCUUGAUUUUAUUUAGGUAAUAAGUUUUAUUAAGUUAUGGCUGUCGGCUUCACUUAUGACUUCUGUUUCCUAAUCUCAUAUAGUUUUUAAUGAAUCCAGUACAAAAUUAGCUAAGCUAGGGAAUGUUUUACUUCGUAUUUUUGUUGUUUCUUUUAUUUGUCAGCCGCUCAUUUUCAAAGAUGGUUGUAUUAUUAAUGCAUGUGUUAAUUGUGGCGUUCAUUCACAUAAGAAUUACAACUUGGUCUAUUUUGUACUGGCAUUCAUUAUAUUUUAUUUCUAUGAUGGUGCGAUCAAAUCAUAGACUGAUAAAUAGGUCUAAACAAUAAUUUUAUUAUAAUGUGAUGUUGAGUGCUACAUAUAAAUAUUCCUAUUGAAAUGCAUAUUGCUGUAAAUAUCAGUGUAAUUCUGCUUAGUAUGGAUUGUAUGUUAUAGAUAUUAUUCAUUAAAAUAUUGAUUUAUAGCA